AUGGUGGUGCUCCAGCUGACCGCUUUUGGCCUAGCUCUCCUGUCUGCCCUCUUCCUGGUCACAGCCACCUGGACUGAUUGCUGGAUGGUUAAUACUGAUGACAGCUUAGAGGUCAGUCACAAAUGCCGGGGGCUGUGGAGGGAAUGUGUCACCAACAUGCAGGAUGGCAUCAAGACCUGCGACCAGUAUGAUUCCAUUUUAGCAGAUCACCCACUGAAAAUCGUGGUGACGCGGGCCCUGCUGAUCUCGGCCGACCUGUUGGCCGGCUUUGCUCUGCUAACACUGCUGUUCGGUCUCGACUGCGUGACGUUUCUGAAGGAGGAGCCCCACGUCAAACUGAAGCUGUGCUACAUGGCUGGUCUCGUUCUCGGGACUGGAAGUGUCCUCGGCCUGGUGGGCUCGGUGUGGUACGCGGUGGACGUCUACAUGGAAAGAGCCACCCUGGUAUCGCACAACGUGUUCCUGGGGGUGCACUACGACUUCGGCUGGUCGUGCUGGCUGGGCAUGGCCGGGGCGAUGGGCUGCCUCGUGGCCUCCGUUGUUCUCACCUGCUGCCUUUUCCUUUUUCGGGUCCUGGGCCCCAGAAUCAAGGCAAAAAAAAACCCGGCGAGCCACCGGGUGGUUCAGGACAUUUUCCAUUACCAACUGAGCUGCACAUUCAAGUCCCCUCCGUCUUGCAACUGCGAUCACCCCUGA